AUGGCACAAAGUCUUGCUCAACUUCAUCCAAAACAAAGGUGUGAUACUGAAGUUGUAACACAGACUCAAAGUUUGACUAUCGUAAAACAACUAUUAAAGACUAGUUUAAGUUCGAUCACUUACUUAAGAGGUUUAUUCCCAGAAGAUAAUUAUGAAGAUUACCAAGUUGGGAGUCUUAUUCUAAAACAUCUUAAGAGAGAUUAUAGUCAAGAAGCAAAUUCGUUAUUGGAUUGGCUGGAAGCUGGCAUUUUUGAUGCCUUAGAUCAUCAACAUCUUCGUGCUAUCAUCUUUGGUAUCUUUCUUGAUCCAAAAGAACCAAAUAAACUUGUGGAGUGUUACACUUUUAAAGUAUCUUAUCCUAAUGGCGAGCCUUUACUACGAAUCGAAAACAAUAAUGGUGAAUUAUUGACAACCGCUGGUGGUGGUCGUGACGUCACGGCUGCUACUGUUGGUGAAAUAAAAAAAUCCACCCAACAAUUAUUAAGAAGAUUAAUUCUAUUAACUCAAACAUUAAAGCCAUUACCAGACAAUCGUUAUAUAGUUAUCAAACUUCACUAUUACGAAAACGUAACUCCGGCUGAUUAUGAGCCUCCAUUUUUUCGUGCUAGUAAUCUUGCUGAAGAAGGUCUUAUAUUCAACUCUCGACCUGAAAAAAUACCUGUCGGUGAGGUUGACACGGCGUAUCACGGCAUAAAUUUAUCAAUUCAAACAAUAUCCGAUGUUCUUGAUAUUGAAGAUAUUGGAAAUGAUUCUGUUACUGAUAAAAUGUUGGUUGAAUCGAAUAAUACAAUAAAGGAUAACGAGAAAUCUUGGAAUGCUGAAGAUGACUCUGACUCUGAAAAUGGUCCAAAAGCAACCAGGAUUGACAUUCCUCCAUUGAAUCGAGAUCAAUAUAAUGACAGAUCCGACAGACGAGAAAUGUCUGUAGUAUCAAAUGUUCCGGCUUUGACGUCUAGGUCAAUGUCCAGAGAUAGGCGAGAAAUAUCAGUAGUAUCAAAUGUUCCAGCUUUAACAUCUAGGGUAACUAGGUCAAUGUCCAAAAGUAUUACUACUACGAAAGCUUAUAAUAACGAUGACAGCACUAAUCGUUCGAAUCGAGUAUCUAUGUCGCGCAACAGCGUAUCAAGAAAUGAAAGUACAACACAACCUAUUGACCACUUGCGUUCGGACAAUGUGGAUAGAAAUCGCCGUUCAACAUCUGUUGCUUCAAAGUCGUCACAACUAAAGACUUAUUCUACUCAACGACGCAGUCAUUCGUCUACUUUUGAUCCGCCUCAGGAUGUAUUCGAUGUACCUGUAAAUUCACAAAAUUCUCCUGUAAUUAUUGAAGAUGACGAAUCUUCUAAUGAAAGUAUGGAUAAUACGCAUAAUUAUAAAUGUGAUUGCGGUGUAAAUACUCGUGACGGAGAAAUGAUUAAUUGCGUUAAAUGUGAUACAUGGGGCCAUGUUCCUUGUUACGGAUACAAAUCUCUCGAUGAUUCUCGCAUGUCAAAACAUCAUACCUGCUAUCAAUGCUUGCGAGAUGAAAAUAACAAUCUUUGGGAAUUAGAUGCUCUUAUAGAUUUGGCUUUGUUUCGACGUUCUUUAUGGAUUAUUUGGAAAGAAGGAAUUCCCUCAACAUGUCGACAAUUUGCUCAACGACUGGCAGGUGUAAAAUUAUCUUGUGCACGUCAGCUUCAAACCCGCCUGAAAACUGAAGGGUUUAUUGCUCCCCCUCCAAAGCCUUCUAAAAGGAAGGGAAAAGCUGUCAUUGGAAGUAGCUCUUCUAAUUCAAACAUUCCAUUUGAAGUAAUAAAAACCGAAGAGAAUAUACGUAAAAUGAACGAUUACUUUAAUCCUGAUAUUGGAGUGAUGCCAAUGUCUCCAGAAAAUAUUGACGUAGAAGAUGAUUUCCAUGAAGAAAAUCAGGACAUAUUACCACAAACUACGUCAGAAUUCAUUACAAAAGAAACCUUUCAGCCUACAUCAUCUCAAGAAUUUAUUCCAAUGGAUAUUUCUUUUGAAAAUUUAGCUCCGGAUUCACAAGUGACAACUAACUUAGAACCAGAGCAAAUCAAUGUGCCUGAGGACACAAUGUCUCAUAAUGAAUCUGAGAAAUCUGAUGACGGACGUAGAAAGCAUAAGUUAAAUGAUAGAAAUUCUGCAGAUGAAGAUUUAGAUGAUGAUGAGGCUCAAGGCCUCAAGAAAAGAAAAGUUUCUAUUAGUAUUGGACAUAUUGCCGUAUUAUAA